GACUGAUGAGAUAGUACAGGGAAAGCCUCUCUGAGGAGGUGACAUCACUCCUGAGACCCAAACAUAAUGGGCUAGCCAAAGGGUGGUCUGGUGGUAGAGUGCUUCAAGCAGGGAAAUUAGCAAGAGCAGAGCUAGGCAAGUUCAAAGAACAGAUAUGAUGUAACCCUCUUCAAUUGUAAGCUUCUAGAAUAGUAAUUCAUUGCUUGCAUUGUUCAGGUUAUGGAUUUGUAUGUGAUACUGUUUCUUAGUGAUGUGGCAUAUGUGUUUCUUAAUGGAAGUGGCUGGGAAGUGUGGAGUCUUUCUGGAGCCCUGGGAUAUAGCUCUGUCUCACUUGCUUUCCACAGUUCUGGUAGCUCAGCUGGCUCCCUGGGUAGAUGCAGGCUCCAUCUUAGCUGCAGACUCUACAAGCACACUAAGAGGCUGCCUCCUUCACUACUCGCAGCCUUUGAGCCCCAGAAUCCCCUCCUAUCCCAUCUAGCCUUCUUCCAAUCUGAAACCAGAGAGUCAGGGAUUUGAGAGCACAAGAUUCAGCUUCCUUGUUUUCCUGUCAGAGCAGAAGCCAGAAAAUGAAACAGGAAACAGAGCGGAAGAGGAGGGGGUUGGGUAGCAGAGAAGGAAAGAAGGAAUUGCAGGAAAGUACAGCUGAAAAUCUGGAUAAAGUUCUACCUCUACAGGGUGACAGCUUAGCUUUUAAAAAACAUUCUGACUUGUCUCGAGAGACCCCUGGCAUUUUUACAAAUAGAUUUUUGAGAGAAUUUGGUGUGGACAGAGGGAACCCGGAGAAUGCAUGUCUUUUUCCCCUCGUGAAUUUACAGAGCAAGGACAGUUCAUUUCUCAGUUUUGUCUUUGCAAAGAGAGUGCGGCUUGGAGCCUUAUGGUGGACUUCCAGAGAUUCAAGUCACAGACUUGGGCCCUAGUCACAAGUGUGCCCCCAGGCUUUGCCAUGUCACUCACUGGCCUCUGGAGCUGAGAACAAGUGAGUGGCACUGAAAAACGUGGGGGGAGGGCCAUGAAACUCCCAUUUUUUUCCCCUUCUUCAAUACACAACAACUAAAUGUGAUUUGUACUUUCUCCACCUUGCACACAACAAAUAUCUGAAGGCGAUUUAGGUCUCAGGGACUGAAAUGAGUUAUAAAGAGUCAAGAGAUAGAGCUCCAGGCCCCCACAGACUGAUGUGGGCUGGUCUUCCCCUGGAGAGGUAGCAAUCAUCUCUUUGUUCCCACCCACAAGAGUAGCUGUUGCAGAAGAUAAACCCCUCCCAGAGCCAGGCUGUGGCCAGAGGCUAACCCAGACCCUGGCUUCGUUUAGAGGGCAGAUAACGGAAACCACAAGAAGGCUUUGGAAUCCUGAGAAACAAGAAAUCCACCAACGGAGAAGGAUUUAUCAUCUGUUUCCUUUAAGGAGGGUGCAAAGUUGUUCUAACAGAUUCCGUUACAAGGGUACCAACUGGCCGCUCCCAGCAUAGAUGGUUUUGUUGAGUUCGCCUUUUUUUUUUUUCUUCUUUUUUGGCCUCACUUCGUAUGAGAGAAACUGCUUGAGUGAGGGAGGUGAAAGGAGUCCCGGAGGGUGUUCUCUGAGGUUUUCCUCACCAUCCUCAUUAGCCACCUGAGGAGGGGGCAGAGGACUGAAGUAGGACAGAAGGUCUCUGGUAGCUAGAGGAGGGGAAAAUCAGGGGGAUCCCCCACUUUCUUCACACCCAGGACGCAGGGUGCCGCUGCCGGCCACAGAAACCCCAAGAAUGCUUUUCUUUGGCUAUUCAGAGGACAUCUAUUGUGUGCCAGGCCCUGCGCUGAGCUGUUGUUGCCUGACAGCAGGAAGAGCGCGGCUCCGACUUCUGUGAAGAGGCUGCGCGGGUCAGCCCCCAACUACUAGAGCCUCAGCCACACCGAGAACUCAGUGAAUGUUAGCGGGAAGGAACUGGGGCAAGACCCUGACUCAGACAGCAGCCUUGGCUCACUAUUUGAAGGCAGGGUGGCGAGGGGCAUUGAAGGAGAGCGAAGUGCGACAGAACUCUUCAGGUGUCACCAAGAUGGGAAAGUGCUAUGCGGCGAGGCACCGAGCGGUGUCCCCCGCCCCGCUCGCCCGGAGUCAACAUGGCCGGCGCGGAGGGAGGCGGGGCUGCUCCAAGUCCGGGCAGGAGCGGGGCGGAGACGCCGUCGGCGGAGCCAGCGCGCAGGCGCGGGCCGCGUGGGUCCCGGAUGGAGGAACUGAGGUUCGGUCCCCGCUGGAAAGGUCGGGACGGGCAGGUGCUGAGGACCUGGCGCUAGCUUGGGAGCCCUGGAGUUCUGGCGGGAGGGAAGCUGUCAAAUGGAGGCGGCCAGAAAUGAGACAGAGGCCCAGAGAAGCGGGGAGUCCCGCCCCUCCGCCACCGCGGCCUCGGGCACCGCCUCUUCCUUUCCAGCCUCCCGCCCUCGCCUGCUUCCGGCCCUGUAGUCUGGUGGGGCUCCGCAGGCUCCCUCGGGAGUGGUAUCUGGGCCCGUCUUGGGUGAGAGUCAAUGAUUAGUCCCCAGAAGGGACUGUGUCCAAAAGGAGCCGGCCAGAAACGGGCUGCGGACACGGCUGGGCUGACAGAAGGCGACCCACGAGGCCUUUGGCUCUAAGGACCCUGGGUUAGAGCGACGUCUCUAGCCCACGCAGUGGGUGUUGGUCUUAGAGAGUCCAGAGUUGCAGUUCAGCAGGAUGUCCCAAAUUCUCAGAUAGGGCCCAGCUACCCUAAACAUACCCAGCAAGGUCAGGCUCUGGUAGGGAAGUACUGGGCUAGGCGUUUGGGUGACCUGGGUCAUAAUCCUGGCUCUGAAAGGGUGCAUACCCAUUGGCGAGUGAUGCGGGCUGAUACCGUCAGGUUUAAGAAGCAAAAAACAUGACAGCCUCUUUAAGUAUCCCUGCGUGCGUCACUUGACCCCAGUGAGCCUCAGUUUCCAUAUCCAUAAAAUGGCGAUGGUAAUUAUACUGGCCUCAUAGUGUCUGAUGAGAUCUCUGGGGCCUAUUUGUCUCACGGGAAAAUGUUUAAAGAGUGAAACUAGUUGAUCUGUAAGUGUCCUGCCAGUUAAGAGUCUGUGAUUUGGCAAAGGGGUUGUUGGGAAGUGAGGUUAGCAAUUAGCUGAGAGGGAGAAUUGACUGGCUUUGUUUUUACUUGGUUUACCUGUAAGCAAAGUGUGGGCUACACAUCUGUAGUCUCUGAGGCUAGAGUCUGACUCCGAGAGAGGAAAGGAAGAAUGGUCAAUUGGCAUAGAUGGGUUAAGUGCUUUUCUGUUCCCAACUUAUCUUCUGCGUGCCAGUGUGAAGCCAAGAAAGGGAAAAAAAAAAGUGAAUUCACCCGUAGGAUAUGGAAGGAGUAGCCUUUUGAGGUUGGGUGUGCCUAUAUACGUGAUUCCUCUCGAUUCAGCGAGUCAUAUGUUGGAAACGUUGGGUAGAUUCACUAACGACCGCUGCUCUCUGAGGCUUUCAGAAACUUGUCUUUGAACUGAAUUUUCGUGAGCCAACCCGUGUGGAAUUGGGGGCCCCUCCCUUCCUCCAGGCCUCCUGGCGAUGGCGUAAGCAGCAGGCGCCCCCUUGUGCCGAGGAAAGAGUACUGUUGCCAUUGGCCAACUUGGCUCCCUUUCUGGGGAAAUUUUAUUUUCCUGUGGCUUCUGUGACUUUGUCGUCUUGCUCUUGACAUGAGAUAUGAUGGGAAGAAUACGUGGGUCAGUGAUUUCAUAUCUAGAGUCAGUGAACUGCUGAUGCUGUAUCCGGUCCCUACCACUUCGAUUCAUUCAGAACACAAGUUUAAGAUGCCUGUUUAUGUUCUAGGCCCUGGGAUAUAGUUGUGAUAUAAAGCCCCUGCCCUUAGCAACUUAAGCAAUAGCAAUAAAGGAAAUAGGGCAGAAUGUAGUGAGAGCAUAGCACACUGGCUAGUGAGGAUCAGAGAAUUCCAGAAACAAGUGAUAACUACAAGUUUGGUUGGUAUUUGCCAGAAGCCUGAGGGAGCUCAAUCCUGGUAGCAACACCCCUGAAUUCCUGGUGGUGAGAGGAUGUGGCCUCAGGAUCCAUCCUGGAAGGAGGUGCUGAGGUUUGCAGUCAGCUGCCGUAUCCUGACUCUGAUACUCCAGGCCCUCUUCAAUGCCAUCAUCCCAGAUCACCAUGCAGAAGCCUUCUCUCCUCCUCGCCUGGCCCCCUCAGGCUUUGUGGAUCAACUUGUGGAAGGUCUUCUGGGUGGCCUGUCUCGCUGGGAUGCUGAACACUUCCUGUUCAUUGCCGAGUAUGGCUACCUGUAUGAGCACAACUUUGCCUUCUUUCCUGGUUUCCCCUUGGCUCUGCUGGUGGGGACUGAACUGCUGAGACCCUUACGGGGGUUACUGAGUCUACGCAGUUGCCUGCUGAUUUCAGCAGCAUCACUCAAUUUCUUGUUCUUCGUGUUGGCUGCAGUUGCUCUUCAUGACCUGGGUUGUUUUGUUUUGCACUGUCCCCGCCAGGCCUUUUAUGCAGCUCUGCUCUUCUGUCUCAGCCCUGCCAAUGUCUUCCUGGCAGCUGGUUACUCAGAAGCUUUGUUUGCCCUCCUGACAUUCAGCGCCAUGGGGCAGCUGGAGAGGGGCCGAGUCUGGACUAGCGGACUCCUCUUUGCCCUUGCUACUGGAGUACGCUCCAACGGGCUGGUCAGUAUUGGCUUCCUCAUGCAUUCUCAGUGCCAAGGCUUUUUCUCUUCUCUUACGAUGCUGAAUCCCAUGAGACAGCUCCUUAAGCUGAUGGCCUCUCUGUUUCUGUCGGUGUUCACACUUGGCCUUCCCUUUGCCCUCUUUCAGUAUUAUGCCUACACUCAAUUCUGUCUGCCAGGCUCAGCCCGCCCCAUUCCGGAGCCCUUGGUACAGUUAGCUGUAGACAAGGACUACCGGAUUGCAGAGGGAAAUGAACCGCCUUGGUGCUUCUGGGAUGUUCCACUAAUGUACAGCUAUAUCCAGGAUGUCUACUGGAAUGUUGGCUUUUUGAAAUACUAUGAGCUCAGGCAGGUGCCCAAUUUUCUACUGGCUACACCAGUGGCUAUACUGGUUGCCUGGGCAACUUGGACAUACGUGACCACCCACCCUUGGCUCUGCCUUACACUUGGGCUGCAAAGGAGCAAGAACAAUAAGACCCUAAAGAAGCCCGAUCUUGGAUUCCUCAGUCCUCAGGUGUUUGUGUACGUGGUCCAUGCUGCAGUGCUGCUGCUGUUUGGAGGUCUGUGCAUGCAUGUUCAGGUUCUCACCAGGUUUUUGGGCUCCUCCACUCCUAUUGUGUACUGGUUUCCAGCUCACUUGCUUCAGGAUCAAGAGCCGCUGUUGAGGUCCUUAAAAACUGUGCCUUCGAAGUGUCUUACAGAGGACUCCCCACCAGGACAAAAGGUCCCUAGAAAUCCUAUCAUGGGACUUUUGUAUCACUGGAAAAUCUGUUCUCCAGUCACACGAUACAUUCUAGGCUACUUUCUGACUUACUGGCUCCUGGGACUACUCCUUCAUUGCAACUUCCUGCCUUGGACAUGACGGGGACUCUCCAGGGACAGGCUGAAAGCCGACUUAACCCAGGGGUCUGAAAGUAAAACUACACAUUGGAACUCCC